CAUAUUUCCUAACAUACUGGUUUGUCUCAACUGUUCUCAGCCUCUUGGGGCCGUCAUUUGGGGCUCUAUAUCUCACAUUUGUUAACCCAGAAUUCCGAUAUUUUCUCUUCUCGGAGUCAUCGAAAGGGACUUUCCGCCAUGCUCGAAUAUCCGCUGUUGGCGGUAGUCACGUUCUCCUCCCUCGCCGUGGCCGCCACUCCGACCCCUUUCGAGGUUCCAUGGUCUGACCAGACGAUUGGGCCAGACGGCCCAUGGCACGUAAUCGUGGCGGAGGAUGGAAAAUACAAGCUCUUCCCAGGCUCAACCUGGGAAACGUGGUUGAUCGAGGACAAUUACUGCGACGUGGGGGGGACGGAGACUUGCUACGCUGCUCAAUCUGGUGUCUACGACAAGGACAAACCACAAGGCUCCGAUGGAGGCAUUUCAAUGUCGGCCAGCCUCGGCAACUACAUGCUCGGUCUGAAUCUCGAAGGCGACGACGCGACCCGAUGGGUGGAUAACUUGAGACUCGACAACUUCGAGGUGGAGAGCACCAGUCUGGCGCUAUUAGACAAUACACAAAGGAUCAUGUAUCCCGGUGGGAAAGAACAACCGUUCUUUGCCGGGUGCUUGAGUUUGGGAGGUAGUGGUUCUGUCAACCAGUCCUUCACCAGAGACGGUGUCUCUUCGGCUUCGCUCACCAACGCCAGUCUUGUGCCUGGGUAUAUGUGGGAGCAGGGCAAGAUACCUUCCAACUCGUUUGGCAUGCACAUCGGUUCUCUUCAGCCAAACCUCGCCGGGUCCCUCUGGUUCGGGGGCUACGAUCAGAACCGCGUUGUCGGAGAAGUCAUCACCUUGGACGGAGACUUUCGAGAGGGCAUCACGCUUUGGGACAUUGGCAUUAAUGUUAUCGGCAGUAGCUCACCUUUCGGAUUCGACAGCCAAGACGGUCUUCUCACAAGAGAUAACUCGACCAUGGGACGAAGUCUCAGAGUCUCCAUAGAUGGGUGUUCUCCGUACCUCAGUCUGCCGAGGUCGACUUGCGAUAACAUUGCUUCCUACCUCCCAGUUAAAUUCAACAAUAGCCUGGGGCUAUAUAUCUGGGACACGACUUCGCCAGAGUUUACUCAAAUCAUCUCGUCUGCCUCAGCCCUCUACUUCUCAUUCAUUUCCAAUUCAAACACCGACCCGGUUAAGAUCCGGGUUCCAUUCAUGCACCUCAACUUGACACUCACGAGCCCACUGGUUGAAAGUCCAACGGCCUACUUCCCAUGCCACGUGAAUGGAAAAGAUCAAUAUGUUCUUGGACGAGCAUACCUCCAGGAUGCUUUUAUUGGCGCCAACUGGGACCCUAGAGCAGCAAAGUGGUGGAUGGCCCAGGCCCCCGGUCGAAAUAUCCAGGCUGUGCCGAACAUUGCGACUAUCGAGCCAACGGACGAGAGUAUUAACAAGGGUGGCAACGAUUGGGAAGCGUCAUGGGAUGGGGUCUGGAAUAAGGAGGUGGGGUCGGCUACAACACCUACGAGCAGCACUACUCCCACGAGUACACCGACCAGCGAGAAGACUGUCGAAGGAGGGAUGGCGAUAGGAACCAAGAUUGGCGUUGGCGUUGGCGUUGGCGCCGGUGUCCUAAUAAUCAUCCUGGGAGCAUACUUCUUGUGGCGUCGGCGUCACAACCAAACCAGUUCUACACAUGCUCAAUCACCAUCAACGAAAGCCAAGCAUACGUAUCCGCAGGAGCCUAUUGAGAUGAUGGGAGAAAGUAUUUCUACAGAGGCACAGGGAGUUUCCACACACAAUCCGAACUAUGCAUGGCAAAGGCAUGAGUUGCCGUAGUAAUAAUAGCAAGUUGGCGUAUGAUUGUACAUAGAAUUUAACAGUAUUUAAGUAAUGAUUCCC